AUGGUUCGUGCAUUAUCGCUGCUUUUGUCAGUCUUGCUUGUAUCAUCCACUACCCUCGUUGGUGCAUUGGAUGGAAGAAGUCGUUUGUUCUUUAGAGAUGUGCUAGAGGAUUUUGAUGAAUGUAAAGGCGUCAGUUGGGAAAAUGACAUGUUGGCCCGAUUUACUGGUAUCUUCUUUGGCGAUUUCUAUACCGGUGGUUCUCAAGAUAUCUUGGGCGCUCUUGCUGUUGAAGGCAACAUGCACGCUCCUAAUUAUAUUGUGAAUACCAACCACGGAUCUGACUGUAGCAACGUCAAUUCGCUGGACUCGUACGGUUUAGUCGUAGGUGGCCAUAUCGAUACAUUUAACACGCAUGUGCAUGGAAGCGCCUACAUUGCCGGUGGUGGAUCGACUGAAGAAAUCUUGCAGUUGGAUGACGGCUGCUUUGUUACUUCCGAGAAAGAUACAGGUAUUUUUGACUUUGCUUUGGUCAAGGAUUUGCUUCAAUUAUCUUCUCAAAACUUUGCCAAUCAUCCUGCUACGGUUAUUUUGGAAUCUGAUGAUACUAUUACUGAGCUCCGCGAUCACCAACUUGCCUUGUAUGAAGUCUUUACGUUCCACACUUGCUCAACAGCUUCUUGCAGUGCCGACAGAGAUACUGAGUCUGACCCAAACGCCAUCUUUUUCAACAUUGGUAAUUGGAAUGGGGUACAAGGCACUGAGCUGAAUCCUGCCAAGACCUAUGUCUUGAAUAUUCUUGUUACCAAUGGUGGUACAUUUGAAUUGACAUCGAAUAACCCAAGUAAUGGUUUUAAUCCUUGCAAUGUCAUUCUGAACGUAUAUCCUGUUGAGGAAAAUGGCAAUGAUAUGCCAGCAGGAGAAAUUACGUUUUUGCGUAAAUCUGCAAGUCAACUUGGUGGUUUUUCUCUGGCUCCUAGAGCUCACAUUGUUGAUGGUUCCACUGGAAAUUUUGCUGGUACCAUUUUAGGUCUGGACUAUACCUGGGAAAACCUUGGGGCUGGAGUCGAGAUAUACGCAUACGAGAGUGCAGGCGGAAAUUGCGAUCAAUAUAAAGGCUGUGUGCCUAAUCAUGUAACAACCACACCUUCUCCUGUUGUGCCUCCUACGCAAACAUCCAUCACCGAAUCAAGAACCCGUAUCUGGCCAUUCACAAGAUUGCCAACCUUCAAACCCAAACGACCACGCACCACGACAGAGACCACCAUUAUCACCACUAGCGUACCAUUAACAACCACUUCGGAUAUUACUACUGAAAUAACUACAAGUGUGCCUGUUACUCUCACAUCUGACUCAGAAACCAUCACCACAUUCAGCGAAACAGCCGAGACCAUCACCAUCUUGACGACCGAGACAACCAAAGUAGUGACAACCACUGAAACCGAGGUUCUGGAGACCAUCUCUGAUACCACAUGUCUCGAGGACAACACGAAUAUUGUCACUAUUGACUCCACCAAGACAGAGACCUUUGAUUCAAUUACUGAUUUCGUUACAGCGACUGAAGCAGCUCAUACCACCACAGUUAUAGUGACAAUAGACAUUUUUAUAACGACAGAAACGGACAAUAUUUUGUCUGUUGCAGAGUACACAACAAGCACAAGAAGACAACUUAUGCUGAGGCCUGUCACCAGAACCAAGACUGAAUGCAAUGGAAACAUUUGCGCCACUGCCAUUGUUACUGGUGGCAUAGAAACUUGCACCGAUGAGCCGUAUCAUGGUCACUACCAUGGCCACCAUCACGGACCUGGUGAGAAGUGUGAAGAGGGAGGAGACGGUGAUGAAGAUGAGGAAGAUGACGAUGAGGAAAAGAAGCACUAUCAUAAAGAGGGCAAAAAAGAAUCAUGA